ACUUGUCGAGAUUGUCCAAUUUGUCAAAUCAAUUAAAUUAUUUAAAUGUCAUUGUAUUUUUUUUAAAGUGGUUUUAUUAGAAUUUCUUAUUCUAUAGUAAUAGAAGAGAUGGCUGGAAUACAGAUCGAAACGAAUCGCACAAUAAAAAUUUACAAUAAUUCCAAUUUACUGAAAUGUAAUCCACCAUUAGUUAAAACAGAAAAAACAGAAUAUAUAGAAAAUUUAGAGCAAGAUACGCCACAAUCUAUCGUUCUACAGGGUUCACAUUUUGAAGCAAAUGAAACUGGAAACCAAAUGGAUCUAUCAAAACCAAAGAACUAUAAUAGUGAGCACUAUACUAGUAACGAUGAAUUUGUAAAAGAGUUUUUUAAAAAUUCUUUCUAUAUAAAACAACAAAACUACAAUAAACUUAAGGAUGAAUUUAAACAAGAAUUUGAAGAUUCUGAUGAGGAGGACGAAAACAUGUCGUCAAGUGGAGAAGAUGCAAAAUGCAAUGUCUGUCAGAAGACAUUUUCAGAUGAAGAUGAAUUGAAUCUACACUACAGUUGUAGGAGACUUAGUGAGAAAAAAUUCGCAUGUUGCAACUGCAAUAAAGUUUUUCGAGACAAUACCCAGCUAAAAGUUCAUGUAAGAAAGCAUACAGGAGAGAAACCAUAUGAAUGUCAUAUAUGCGAAAAAAAGUUUACAGUAAAUGGAAAUUUAAAUAAACAUAUGAGAAUACAUACAGGAGAGAAACGUUUUGAAUGUUUGGUGUGUGGAAAAAAAUUUACUCAGUUUGCCCACUUAGAAGAUCAUCUCCUAACUCACACAGAGGAGAGACCUUAUCCUUGCAAUGUGUGCCAUACUGCGUUCAAAACAAAAUCCAGAUUGCAUCACCAUAGCAGAAUUCAUAUGGAUAAUAAUAUUAUUCCAACGAAUAUUCCAACGAUAAAUAGUGUUCGUUGCCCACAAUGUACCUUAAUGUUCCGGACGUCAAGACAGCUAAAAGGUCAUUUAGCUUCGCACGCGUUACAAGCAAAUUCCUAUUACAAAUGCCACUUGUGUGGUAAAGAAUUUCCAACGUACAUGCUCCUGGUAAAACAUGAAAAAAGCCAUGACGCUCCUAGAAAUUACGAAUGUCAUCUUUGCGAAAAGGCUUUCACGAAUUCUUAUCAUUUAAGGAGACAUGUAGAUACCCAUGCUGGAAUCAGACCCUUUAUCUGUAGUGUUUGCAGCCGGCCAUUUCCAUCAGUACAAAAUCUAAGACGUCAUCUCAUGACACAUACUGGAGAAAAACCAUUUCGAUGUGGUACUUGUAUGAGGGCAUUCCAUACAUUGGGAAAUCUAAAUCGACAUACAAGAACACAUACAGGCGAAAAACCGUUUCCCUGCACCUACUGUAAUAAAAGAUUUGCUCAUAGUACAACAGCUAAGGAACAUAUCAGAAUGGUCCAUACACACGAAAAGCCGUUUGGUUGUAGUCUGUGCCAAGAGACCUUUUCUAUUAGCAAAUUACUGUAUAGUCACGUGAGGGAGAUGCAUCCCCAGUUUUUUCCUCAAUUCAAAGAGGAGUGUGAUUUAACCCCCAAUGUAAGGAAACUAAAAUUACAUAUUAAACGGGAAGCAAUGUGCGAGGCGGAUUCUUUCAUUCCAAAUUUGAAAAUCAAGAUGGAAAAAGAUGAGGACACAAAUAAUUCAUUGAUUGAUCCAGUUAUUGAAAUUAAAAAAGAGGAAUGCGAGGCAAGCUAAUAGAGAUUUGGUAAUUGUUUAUAAAUGUGAUAAUUAAGAUUAAUAUUGUGACUGGAUAAAAAUAAUAUACUUUAGUCAUUCUUUUUAAGUUAUGUUAAACAUACUAAGCCAAUAUUAUUUGGUAUAUUUAACAAUGUUAAUAUACUAUAAUAAACUCUCAGGACUAUUUCUAGAAGUUAUAAAAACUGUUGAAUUUAUAUAUGUUUUGUAUAUAUAAAGAAAGAAGCUAUAUAAAUUUUAUU